AUGCAAACUGUCCUGUUCCUUCUCCUGCUCUACGCCUCGGCCUGCUGUGGUUUUGGCUUCAGAGGCUGUACUCAGAACAUCCCCCAGACAGACACCAUGUGGUGCUCCAAAAGGAAGAUCGCUAACCUCUCUGAUGUCCUUCGCAUGAUGCCAGAUAACAUAACUACUAUCAACCUGUCUUUGAACAAAAUCACAGUCAUUCCACCUGGGUUGUUCAGUCAGGUGCUAGGGCUCAAAAAGCUAGACCUGAGCCAGAACCAGCUAAGCUUUCUAAAAGGAGGAGAAUUCAGAGGCUUGGAUGCGCUGGUUUUCCUCAACCUCACCUGCAAUAACAUCUCACACAUCCACUCCAAUGCCUUUGGUGGACUCAGCAGACUCAAAACAUUGCUUCUGAUCCACAACUUUCUAUCAACCAUCUCCCUAGAUAUCUUCAGUUCCCUACCAGCUAUUCAAGAAGUUGAUCUUUCUUUGAACAUGCUGAAGGUUUUCAGCUGUGGAGAGUCCAGUGGAUCCUCCAGUCUUGGGAGGCUUGAUCUUUUCGCAAACACCAUCCAGAAGCUGAAUGUGAGCUGUUUUCCCGCCCUUGAGUACAUCAGGCUGUCCAACAACUCAAAGCUAGAGCUGCAAGCAGAUGUUUUCUCCUCAAACCACAGGCUUAAAACUCUUCUCUGUCAGAGUCUAAAUGCAGAAGGUCUACUGAGACUCCCUGAAGAUACAAAGAGAAAUCUCACUUGGGUGGCAUUUUCUCUGUUUGUGGAGAAAUCUCCAUUAACAAUCUGCCAACUUCUAAAAGGAAUGGACCAGCUUGAAAAAGUAGAGGUUGACUUGAAAGGAUCCAGGUUGCCUCAGAAUAACUCCAGCCUGUUGGACUGCCCCAGUCCACCUAUGUUUAUUAUGAUGGAUGCAAACUUUGGGAAUGUGGACCAGUUGUCACUGGGUAGGGGGAAUACCAGCAAACUUUAUCUCAUCAACUUAGGGUUGAGGCAGAUAUCUCGUACUACAUUUGAUGGUUACAAAGGACUGAAAACGUUGCAGGUGAACCAAAAUAAGCUCAUUAUUGAGCCUGACACAUUCAAUGGCCUAACACACCUCACAUUUCUAAGCUUUGACAAGAGCAAACUUCAUGAAAUUGACCCUAACUGGUUUGUCCCUCUGAUAAAUCUUACACGCCUUUCUCUCCUAAAAAAUGAAAUCACUGAGUUGCCACCCAAGGGAUUCAGUGCCCUUAUUCAUCUCGAGCAGCUUUAUCUGCAGUUCAACCUGCUGAAAUACAUCACCAGGAAGCCCUUCAGUAAGCUGAGGAGGCUGAAAAAGCUCAACCUCAGUUUGAACAUCAUUGAUUUCAUAGAAGAAGGCACCUUUCAAGACCUGACAUGCUUAAGAUACCUGGACCUCAGUGGGAACCGCAUCAAGAGACUGACACCACCUAUCCUGUCUGGUCUGACAAAUUUAAAGACAUUUGUGCUGUACAACAACCGCCUCCAUUUCAGAUCCUAUGAAUCUCCUUUCAUCAACCUUACUUCUCUGGAGUAUUUGGAGAUGAACUACCAGGGGCCCGGUGGUCAAGGCAUUGGAAACAUUGGACCACACUUCUUCCAGAAUGCGCAUCAACUUAUUUCAGUAGGAAUUGGGCACAGCAUCAAGCUGGACUUUCAUCCUGAUGCCUUUGUUCCUCUGGUCAAAUUAAAAUACCUCCACAUAGCAGGAGUUAUCAUGAAAACGACCAACCUGAGUGCUGUGUUGUCCCCUCUGAAAACAUUGAGGAAGCUGACUCUUUACAGGGCAGACCUUGACACUCUGCCUGCUAACCUGCUGUCUCCAGGUAACACACUGGAAAUUCUCAAGGUCCAGUCAAACCAUCUUCACACUGUGGACAAAACAAUGCUGGAUGCAUUGCCAAGGUUGCGUUUUUUGGAUAUUACAGACAACCCACUUAGCUGUACCUGUGAUAACGCCUGGUUCAAGACUUGGGCCAUCAACAACAAUUACACACAGGUGUCCAACUUGUACAGCCUACAUUGUGACAACAACGUGAGGUCUCCCUACCUGUGGCAGCUUGGCGAUAAGGCCUGCUCUUUCGACCGGUUGUCCUUUACUCUUUGCAUCACUUUCUCUGUGUUGGAUAUUUUGUUUGUGGUUGUGUGUCUUGCCUGGCACACUCAGGGAUCUGCUCUGCGCUACCUAAUACUCAUCUUCAGGGCAAAACUACGCAGACGUCGUGGAACAGCAAAAGUACAGUACGACGCCUUUGUCUCCUAUAGCUCCAAAGAUGAGGCCUGGGUGAUAGGACAGCUGGUUCCCCAUCUAGAGAGACCAGCUGUGGGGGCAAAGGGCCUUCGACUGUGCCUCCACCACAGAGACUUCCGCCCUGGUGCUGCUGUGCUUGAGAACAUCGAGUCUGCGAUUUACAGUUCUCGCCACACCAUCUGCGUGGUGACACGGCACUUCCUGCAGAGCGAGUGGUGCUCGGUGGAGUUUCAGCUGGCCAGUCUGAGGCUUUUGUUUGACGGCAGUGACGUCCUGCUGCUGGUGUUCUUGGAGGAGAUGCCUGAGCACUGUCUGUCUCCCUACAUACGCAUACGCAAGAUCGUGCGUAAAAAAACCUACCUGCUGUGGCCUGAGGACCCAAACGAGCGCGAGGCCUUCUGGGUCAGGUUUAGAGAUGCUUUAAGGGACAAAGAGGAUGAGGACGGAAGAGGAGGAGAUGAAGAGUUGGCAAGGCUAAUUGGCUAGACAGAAUGCAAACUACUUCCACAUACUGUCAUGGGGGUCAGCCCUAUGUUCCCACACUUCUAGGACAUUUUCAAAAUUAGGUCUUGUGUUCCUAGAUUUCCCUUCAAUUUAAGCCCUAUCCUCCCACAAGAUUUUUUGGAAGCAAGUAAAUUAAUGAAUGAAAGAAUAAUUUCGAUAUUUUGAUCAUCAGCAGCAGAAAUCGUCACAAUCAUUACAAGAAAAAAAAAAUAGGCUGAUGGAAAAGGGUUUAACAUAACAUAGAUAACAUAGAAAUAACAUAAAAAUGUGGGAACAUAGGCUCCCCUGUCAUGUCAUCAUUCAUUUGACUCGUAGUAAAAUGCAUUAAGAACUCUUCUAUUAUCUACUCAUUCUCUGCUAAGCUAUUUGAGACUGUUAAAAGACUACGCUAUUUAAAACUUGAGUAUUUAUCUUGAAAACCUACUGUAUGACAAACACUGAACAAGCUAACAUGCCAGGUACAGUGUUCACAUACACCAUUCCUUUUUCCGGUUAGGUUGCUGCACAUGCAAGGAGCCUGAAGUCCUCCAAGUAGGCGGGAGUAAAGACUGUGGCUACUGUCCCGCAUUUCAUUACCCACUGUCUCUCCCUGGUUUACUACUCUAUCCACUACAGGCAGAAAGCCCAAAAAUUAAUAUUUAAAAAAACAAAGUGCAUACCCUGUUAUGCUUAUUAGUGCCAAACUAAAUGUCAACUUCACUUACUUUAAAUGAAGAUUCUUUCCACAUUCAGUUGUAAUGUAUCGUGAGAUUAACCAUGAAGACCUGACAGUUUUUCUUUUUAUACUUCACUGUUUUUUUUUGUUUUAAGAUUUCUUUUUGGGCAUAUUGUGCCUUUAAUGGAAAGAUAAGACAGUGGAUAGAGUUGGAAAUCAGGGACAUAGAGUGGGGAUUUGAGCCUGGGGCAUCCGCUUGGAGGACCAUGGCCUCCAUACAUGGGGCUCGCACACUAACCACUGCACCACCAGCGCCCCAUGUACUACACUGUUAACAUGAUUGAUUGAUUCUGCUUUAGAGUUUGGUAUUUUAAUGUUGGGCUUUGUGGGAAUUCACUCUUUUUGAAGCCAGCUGAAGCAGGUACAAAAGGAAAACAUUUUUAAUCGGUGACCUCAGGUCCAGCUUGGUACAAAUUGGAUUUUUUUUUUUUUUUUUUCCAUAUUUAGGGUGUCCAUGUGCUUACUCUUUUGUUCUGUUCCAUGAUAUUAUUGCAAUUUAAUAUUGCAUUGCUGGAAAAGUAAAGUAAGUAAUGAAAUAUGUAUUCAACUUAUGAUGUGAUGAUUGCUUUAAAAUAAAAACUUA